AUGUUGAGGCAGGGGCUCCUCUUGCCAAAUCCUGCAGGCCCGAGGCGUUUCUUUCGGCGACUAGACGCGACUGGGGGAGUGGAUGCCUUGGUGCAGGAGCUGACGCAGCGCUUGGAGAAUGCGGUAUGGGGCUUGAAGGGGAGAUCCUUGGACCCAACAUUGGGCCGCGUGUGUUCUUUCAUUGAGCCGGGAGGUUUUAUCCAUGAGCAUCGUGACCGCUACAUUGCUCAAUCAGGAGAUGAUGCACAUCUGCGGGCAAACAUUGUCGUGCAGAUAGAGGAGCUCGAGCCCCGGCUGGACAAAGGUCACGUCCAGUCCGUGGUGACGGAGAAAUGGCAAGUUCCUGUCCAGAACAGAGACGCAUGGGUCUUCUUCGCUUCUCGAGAACUGCAUGAGCGUGCCUUCCAGCUUCACGCUGCGGACAUGAGAUCAUUGAGCGCCAAAAAGAGUGCGUUGGCUCGAGUUGGCCUGCGCAUCAAGAGCGCCCCACUCACAGUCCUGAUCUGCCAUGGCAAGCACCGGGGUCAGUGGCUGAAGGGCAAAUUGGCAUCACUUGAGGACUUCAUCUCGAUGCAGAACGAGGAGUUGGCGGCGCAAAGGCAAGAGAUUGAAAGUCUCCGAAAUGACAAGACUGGGAUAGAAGAGCACUACCAGGCCCAGCUUCAGGAGCUGAAGAAGACCAUGGUGGGUGACGUUCAGAGGCUGCAAGACGAGGUAAAAAGACACUUCGGUCAGCAGAAGGCAGAGAAUGCCCGUCUGCAGCAGCAAAUCACAACCCUGAAGGGGGAGAAGACCUCGCUUCAACAGCAGAUCCUAGGUCUGCAGCGGCGCAUACAAGAGAUUGAGGAGCAGGUUGGCUGCGACUGA